AUUGUCUUGUGACUUCGACUAAGGCAGGCCUGCUAGUAGGCCUAGAGCAACCAAGAAGGUACGUGUUGAGACAUAAAUCUUGUUCGAGUUGAAGAAAAGCAGUGAUCCUAUUCCGAGCGUCUGAUAAGUAAAAAUAGCUUUCACGUUUAAUCGUUUGAGAGGAUGAUUGAAAUCAAGGGAGCUGAUGCAGGAACUGACAUUCUUCUUAAAUGAUGUGAACGCAAGAAAGAUGGCACCUGAUGGCGCGAUUCGGAUUUCACAUAUGCCGUUCCGCAUCCAGCUUGAGGGAAAUGAAGAGUACCCGGAAGAUGGGGAACCUACAGAAAUCUCGGUCCGCCUUCGCUGGUCCUCUCGCGACAGAACUCCUUCGGCUUCAUCGUCGGGUGCGCACGGCGGUGGUUCUUGCAGCAACAGGAGACAAGCCGAGAGCGAGACCCACUGGGACGACGUUGAAUCAGGUGGCGACGAUAUUGAUGACCGAGCGCGUACCAGUAGUGAGAUGAAGGAGGAUGCUCAGUGCGAAGGACUUGUAUUUCUAGAAAGUGAGGAGGUGGACGGCGGGGGCAUCUCAACUAGCGAUGAGGAAGAAGAAAGUGUUCACCGAGAGAGCGACACUGAGCAAGACCUGCCAUAUCUGCGCAUUAUCAAGGAUGCUACGUUUUUUCAGCAGCGAAAUUCUCUCUCCUUUGUCGAACGCUUACGGCAGUUCCCUCAUCGAAAAGAGCUCUUACAGUAUGCAGCAUCGAGAGUGUGGCCUUCGGCAAAAGAUCUCGCGGAAGCGGUGUAUUCUUCAUUUGUGUCAACAGAGGGCAUAGGGUUACGCCCUCCAGUUGUUGCAGAUUUUCUUCCAAGAGACGAAACCAGCAAAAAAGCAUGUUGCAUGCUUGAGCUAGGAUGUGGCCUAGGCGUUACGGGUAUGGUGCUCCAUAAACUCGGGAUCGCCCGAAAAACGAUCCUUACUGAUUUUGGCGAGGUGGUUGCAGCAACUAGGGCAAAUUUAAGUCUGAAUUUCGCAGAACCUUCGCUUAAAGAAUCACCAGGAAUCGCAGGGGCGGCAAACUCCGAUUUCAAUGACGAAGAGCACGAGCGAAUCACCGCCGAGGCAUUUGAUUGGAGAGACGCCGCUGAGGUUGCACCCCUUCUCCUUCAACGAUUAAGAAGUGGCAUCGCAGGAGAUGUCGAUCCUGACCGGGCUGUUCUAAAACGCCCUACAGCAACAACGCAGGAUGAUCAAACGGAAGUCCCCCCUAGUACCUGCACAUCUUCGUCAACGACGUUGUUGGUCGUCUGUGCUGACUGUGUCCACAAGCCUCUGUACGGACCUGACUGCGGAUUGUUACUCAAGAAAGUCGUCGAGGAAGUUCUAGUGGCUAAUGAAGCUGGAAAAUUCUUCGACAAGGUAGAGGCAUGGAUUGCUUGCGAGCAUCGGAGUCCCGACGACGGUGUGAGCGAUUUUUAGACCAGGAUAUUUCUCGUUGCACCACUUCAGUUUUUUUUUUUAAUUUAUUUGCUAGCCUAACACGGCCCAACCUCUUCGGGACCGCUGGGGCCAUCCCGAUGGCUUGGCGGUGAACCCUCGGAGCGGGACUCCCCUCCCAAGGAUCGCGAAGCGUGGACUCUAAAAGCGCCCCCAGGGGAGUCCCAACCCUUGGGAGGCUCGGCUCGGCGGUGCUUUGGAGGGGUGUCAAAAAGGGGGACAAAAAGGGCCCACUUUGAGACUCCAAACGACCCGGGUCAUUUGGCGACCAUUUUGGGCCAAAAAGGGCCGCCUUAAGACACCCCCUAGCCCCCACUAGGUGGGGCCCUUUGUUUCGGUCAUCGCAAAAUGACGCGGCAGCUUUUUUUCAAAAAAGGGGCGCAAAAUGCAGCCAAAGUGAUCCGGUACAUUUUUGUCCAAAAAGGGCAGCUUUCGGUCACCCCUUGCCUGGCUCAGACCUCCGCGGCGGAGGUUGGCCCCAUCGACGGCGAGCCAGGUACCCUUGGCGGCUUCCUGUCUCCGAAUGUCGGCGACGCCGAAGUCCUACAGUCACGGGAUGGCCGGGGUGUAUGGGUGUGCGCCAGGACUUGCACGACCUGGCUGCAUUUUUCAAAAAAAAACUUACGUGGUGCAACGAGAAAAGUCCUGGUCUAAGAUUUCAUCCGCUCUCUACGACAGCAACUUCCUCCCAAAUUUCCCAACUCGUCCCUCUCUGUGAACGAAGUUACUUUCGAUGUUGUCCGCGAGGAUGAUCAAGAAGGUAGAUGUAGAAGCACAACUGAGGAAGGCGAAAAAUACUGCGAUUCAGUAGGAUCAUCAGUUGAGAUCAUGCGCAUAUUGUGGAUGCCGAUGACAAACAGUUGAGGAAUUUUUCGUAUCCAACAAUAAAUUUUCAACACGAACUACCUUUAUUGCUCUUUACAACAAGCCGAUCGCUUGGGCUUGGAAAAACAGGCGUGAUCAAUUGCAUUGCCGGCAACUGGAAUGUUUGUUUACUUGUACAGAGUGCGUAUCAUCAUGAGCAUGCAACUGAUGCUGUCAUGAUUCAUUGAUUUGAGGUGUUACUUCUUAUGAUCCGUAUCUCGACGUUGCAGAGAAAACACAGCAGUCAGCCUCCGUAAACGAUGAGUCGAAGUCACAACAGCUUCGUGCAGACGACGGAAAAGAGAAAGACUCGAGACGCAAAUCCCACAAUUAUGUCGUAG